AUGCGGCUCUCUGUGACUCUGGCAUAUAUUACAUUGGCAGCUGCUGCAACAGUGAGACCAGCUACCUCCAGCAGCGUUGAAGAAAAUACCUGUUCCUCUGACAAAAGUGUCAUUGAAGAAAGGAAAGGAUGGGGAGUGGCAGCAAAAUCACUGUUUGACAAGCCAUCAGAGCUUGCAGACACAUUAAACGUACACACGUGGUGGAAUGGAUUGCAAAACACGGCAGAGUCCUUCUGGGACAAAGUCGUAGAGAUUGGUCCGAAUAUCCAACAGUAUACAGAUGAACUCUUACAUCAUGCCAUGGAGCUCUAUCCAUCUGAGAAGAUAAUGGAGUUCAAGGAGUCUGUAGACAAUGUCACCAGCACAGCUACCGCGCUUCAUCAAGUUGUCUUUGCAGCCGCCAAACAAAGUGGCAGGCCCCUCGACGUGUCCAUAUUAGAAGAACUUCAAGGUGUCUUUAGUGUCGUAUUUGAAGAACUUAGAGAGCUGUUUCUGCCGCCUGAGGAGGCUCCUGGUCACGAAAACCGUACGGUCAUGAUCAGCAUGGUCCUUGACCACAUUGAGGAGAUUUUUUUACAGGUCGCCAUCAUGCACGGUGGGAAGGAAGAGCUUCUGGCAGCUUACUCCAGUCCUCUCAAGUUUGCUGUUCAACACAUCUCCGUGACUAUUGGUGUCCAACUCGGUGGUGUAUAA